AUGACUGAUUCAAUCAUGAAUAAUGCGACUAUAUACAAGAAAACCUUUACAUAUAUUCCACCAACACCACCUUUAGAACUCAUUGAAUCUACUAACUAUACACUAAACUUCGUGAAACACUAUCUCGAUAGAGAACUUGUCAACGUCGAAUCGACAGCAAGAACGAGUGAAGAAAUGACUACGUUUAUUAAAAAUAUACGUGACGACCAUAUUAUUGCAAACACUUCUAAACAUGAUAUUAAUUUCAUCAGUCAGCUCAAAAUGAAUGCAUUUACACAAUUAACGGAACAUUCGAUACAACGGUGGAAUAGGGAAAUGUCAUCAAAGUUAUUUAAUGGAAAUGUGAUAAUGAUUUCACUAACCUCUUCACCAAGCAUCAUGGCCGACAAUAUAUUUGAUUCACAAAAUUAGGAGGAGAGAUGUUUUCAAUACAAAGAUAAUUUAUAAAACAAUAAUA